AUGGGUAAACUAACCAGUCCACGAAGUCCACCUACCAGUGCGAGGGCGCCCACCUUUCCACGCAUGGAUCCGCCUCCUCCCUACGAAGCUGGAUCAUCACCUUCAUCUUCUGCCCAUAGCAAUGACAGACUACAAGGUGGCCUUGGAGAGUCGUCUCGGGAUCAAGCUUCACAGCAAGACAACGCGCAACCAGAACAGCGAGGACCCCAACCAGAACAACACUCUGAAAGCCAGUCCGACACCGCCAAAGCCAGACCUUAUAAGACGGAAGAGGGCUGUUGUACGUUCGGUGAUGGUGCGCAGGGCUGUAUGGUCUAUGGAAACCGCGCAGAAGGUAUGAUCGCUCGUGAACCGUCGAUGUUCGAAUCACAGCACCCCAACGAUUAUCCAAAGGACUUUGUACUGACCAGCGCUCAUUUCCAGGUUGUCUGA